AUGACAACGGUAAAGCUCGCACAGUCAGAUGUGCGCGAGAGAGAGAGAGAGCCUUUCAGUGGGAAGAACCUCCACCAGGCUGUGCACAGGGAGGAUGACAAGGAGCUGACCACAGUUCUACAGUCAGGAACAGUCGACGUGGAUGUUUAUGACAAAAUGGGUUUCAGCCCUCUCAUGGUGGCAGCACAGAAAGGUUUCACCAGCUUAGUGGACAUUUUGGUGAAGCAUGGAGCUGAUAUUAACAAGAAAGACAGCACUGGAAAAGACAGUCUAAUGCAGGCCUGUUUUGCUGGCCACCUUGAUACAGUGAAGUAUUUACGUAACUGCGGCUCCACUUGGCAAUCUCAAGAUACAGACGGCUGCACACCGCUCCACUGGGCCGUGGAUGGAGGACACCUGCCUGUCAUUACAUAUAUGAUCCAGGAUGGUUGUGAGGUGGAUGUGAUGGAUAAAGUGUCUCUCUGGACUCCUCUCAUGUGUGUGUCAGCCAUCAGUGGAAACGCUGCGGUCGCCUCCAUCCUCCUCCAGGCUGGAGCUGAUGUAAACUUCCGUGACAAAGCUGGUAAGACACCACUAAUGGUCGCUGUGCUGAAUAACCAUGUGGAACUGGUGAAACCUCUGCUUUAUGGUGGAGCAGAUCAUCACAUGAAGAACGAGUAUGGAGCAGGUGCAGCGGAUAUGGCAAAAGUAUUUGGGAGACAGAACAUCAUAAACUUGCUGGAUAAUAUAAGCUUGGAAGAUUCAAAUCGACUGACAUCAACGUACCUGAGCGAGGACAAACAAACACCUUUUCUGAGGAGGCACAGCACCAAGGUGUCCGGUCAGUCCUCUUCUCUGUGA